UGAAUGUCAGUUUAAUUGGCCUGGGGAGAUGUCCUGUUGUCUUCGUUGAACAUGAGGUCCGAAUCAACACGGGGUCAUCAGAGAUACUGAGCCAACAAUAGCAAGGACUUCCAAGCUCCUGAUUGAAAACGACAUUUUUUACUUUGUUUCAUUUCCUAUCCUUUUUGUUGGUCAAUCCCAAAGAUUUAAUUUAGGAAUAUUUCUGCUGCACAAACCUAUCAAUUAUUGACAUAUUUCAGUUCACCAGUUCAACCAUCUCAAUGGCGUUUUUAAUGAAAAAGAAGAAGUUCAAGUUUCAAAUCCAUUUUACAUUGGAGGAACUCACAGCCGUGCCGUUUGUCAACGGGGUACUUUUCUGCAAGAUCCGAUUGUUGGAUGGUGGGGACUUUGCCAUCUCAUCAUCCAGGGAGGAGGUUCAGCAGAACUGUGUUCGUUGGAAAAAGAAGUUCUCCUUCGUCUGUAAAAUGAGUGCCAAUCCUACCACUGGAGUCCUGGACCGAUGCAUCUGCAGGGUUUCUGUACGCAAGGAGCUUAAAGGAGGAAAGACGUUUUCAAAGCUGGGCUUUGCUGACCUCAACAUGGCAGAGUUUGCUGGCUCAGGCUCUACCGUGCACUGCUGUAUUCUCGAGGGCUACGAUACCAAGAACACUCGACAGGAUAACUCCAUUCUCAAGGUUACUAUAGGAAUCACACUUUUGUCAGGGGAUCCCUGCUUUAAAACGCCCCCCAGCACGGCCAAGUCCGUCUCUAUCCCGGGCCAGGACCCCUCCCUGCAGCUGGACUGUAAGGGCGAGGGCACCGAUGCCAACUAUAACCCUCCCCCAGGGGGCGUCACCAGGACAUCAACAGGACGGCCCCUCAAACCCAGACUCUCCUCAGCUCCUCUCAACGCUGGUCUACCUAGGGAGCAGUUGGAACAGAACCUGUCCAGCCCAGAUGAAGUGUUUCACACAGGACACUCCCGGAACUCCAGCUACGCCAGCCAGCAGAGCAAGAUAUCAGGCUACAGCACGGAACACUCUCGCUCCUCCAGCUUGACAGACCUCACCCACCGCCGCAAUGCCUCAACCAGCAGCAGUACCUCCGGGAGCCUGGGCACCCCUACCCAGACCCCCCACGUCUUCGCCCACCCCCUCGCAGCAGACCCCCAGAUACCAGGAGAGCCAGGCACCAAGCCUGAGAGACCCAUACGGCCCCUACGGCCUGUCCUGCUCUCCAAUAGACCCUCCAGGAGGAAGAAGGACUCUGUGGAAAGCCACCCCACCUGGGUGACCUGCCAGGAGGACGACACGCGCAUCGACGCCGACGACAUUGUGGACAAGAUCAUCCAGAGCCAGAACUUUGCUGAUGUCAACAACCAUAAAGAAGACAGCAACCUCAGACUGUUUGUCAGCAAAGAUGGGACUACAGCCCUGAGUGGGAUACAACUGGGAAACAGUGUGAUUGCUGGUGUCUUUGAGCCGGUAGUGAUCGAGAGCCACUAGCGAUGAAGAUUGAUGGAGGUCAAAUCGCUCUACCCCCCCCCUCCCUCCAUCUCACUCAUUCCCUCAGCUGGUGGGAAAAGGGUACAUGGGGGACACUGAAGACAACUCCACUGUUGUGUGUGUGUGUGUGUGUGUGUGUGUGUGUGUGUGUGGUAUGUGUGUGUGUGUGCGCACACAUGACUGGCUGCCUUUUGUUCUACACCACUUCAACAAACACCACUAGACAACAGAUGUAACCCUUUAAGCAGACAUUUAAGCAGAUAUUUAAGGUGAUGUAGGUGGGAGGUGCGACGUCUGAAUAAUCCAUUAAUGUAGAAAAGCUUUUAAAAUCAAUGCUUUCGUCUGGGGGGGGGGGGCGUAGGUGUAAAGUGUGCAAAGUACUUGAUAGAGAGAGAAAUGGGAAACCAUCGCAUCGUGGAAAUUGUAGUGCAACACUGAAAACCAGGAAAAGGCAUUGGAGUCAAAUGUGGCUGCCUCAAGUUGGAACGUAAUGGUUUACCUCAAGUUGGAACGUAAUGGUUUACCCCAUGUUGGAACGUAAUGGUUUACCCCAUGUUGGAACGUAAUGGUUUACCUCAAGUUGGAACGUAAUGGUUUACCCCAUGUUGGAACGUAAUGGUUUACCUCAAGUUGGAACGUAAUGGUUUACCCCAUGUUGGAACGUAAUGGUUUACCUCAAGUUGGAACGUUAUGGUUUACCCCAUGUUGGAACGUAAUGGUUUACCCCAUGUUGGAACGUAAUGGUUUACCCCAUGUUGGAACGUAAUGGUUUACCCCAUGUUGGAACGUAAUGGUUUACCUCAAGUUGGAACGUAAUGGUUUACCCCAUGUUGGAACGUAAUGGUUUACCCCAUGUUGGAACGUAAUGGUUUACCUCAAGUUGGAACGUUAUGGUUUACCCCAUGUUGGAACGUAAUGGUUUACCUCAAGUUGGAACGUUAUGGUUUACCCCAUGUUAGAACGUAAUGGUUUACCCCAUGUUGGAACGUAAUGGUUUACCCCAUGUGUAUCAUUUCGUGUAUCAAUUCAAAUGAGGGGAGCUAAAACCAAGAAAGAUGUGGAGAAAUUGAACAGACCAUUUGAACUAGGCUUCAAUGGGUGGUUUUCAAUGUGAAAUGUUCUAUUUGCGAUGAACCCCUUGCAAUCCUCAGAUUCCAGAACAACAGAACAACCGCACUAGACCUGGGGCUAAAGUUACUGUAUAGCCCAAAUAACCCAUGUUAUAGAAUUAUAAAGUUAUAGAAUAUAUGCAUAUAAAUAUGUAAUAUGACAAUAGAUAAUAUUUAUAUACGGACCUGAGAAAGAGAAAGGUAUGCACAUGAGGCUGUACAUAUUGCCAUUGUCUAUGUGUGAUUCAUCAAUUACUCUCGGUAAAUGCAGGUAGGGUUGGUAAUGGAUGAGUCUAGUCUACGCCCUUGGUCCUCCGCCCUUGGCUCUUUUACAUAGUCUAGCUUCACGUCCUUAAAGUCAAAUACUAUCCUGCAGUUCACCAGCUGGCUUGGUGUCUACACUUGUAAAAGUAGGAAAAUCAGACUCAACUUUUCGUGGUUUCUCUAUUUUUGUUGUUAGUCAUGUGUCUGUCUCAGGAUAUAUGGAUG